CUUAAGAAGCGUAGGGCACGAUACACUGGCGAGGAAGCGAAAAGGGAAAGGGAAGAAUCGUGGGCGAAGACGACGAAGAUUGUACAACAGUACAGUGAUGGAAUGAUCAAGCGGUGGAAUGCGGAGAUUGAUACAUACCUCGUCUUCGCGGGUUUGUUCUCCGCCAUCCUGACUGCGUUCAACGUGCAGUCGUACCAGCUUUUGCAGCCGGCCCCGACACCUGAUCCGGUCCUUGUAGCAUUACAGCAAAUCUCGGCGCAGCUCAGCAGCUUCUCGAACAAUCCU